GAGGGAGAGAGGGAGGGGCGCGGCCUCCCGAGGGAACCGGCCGAGCUCCACCCCUGCCCGCUCCAGGGGCGCGCGAGCGGGGCGCGGCCAGCCGGCCGGGGCCAGAGUCCGCGCCCUCGCCCCCUGCCCGGCGCGCCCCCCCCCCGAGGGCGGCCCUCACCUGCGGCCGCUCAGCGGUGCAGGGCCUCGCUCAGGCCCGUCUGGCUCGGCGGACGCCGUGAGGCGAAAGGAGCUCGGCUCCCCAUUGGCUCGGCGCUCCUUCGGCCCCGCCUCCUGGCCCGGCGGGGACUGCCUUAUUGGCCGAGCGCAACGCCACUCGCCAAUAUCUAUCGCCAGAGAGAGGCGGGAAGGAGAGAGGCGGGAGGGCGAGGCGGCGCCUCACGCGCGGGCGCUUUGCUCGGUCAGGAUUCCGAGGGCGCAGCCUCGGCUGACUGGACGCCGGGCCACAAGGCAGCGCUCGAGGGAGGAAGGGCCGGGCCCGGAGCGCUGUGGGAAGAGAGGAGGCGCUUUCUCCCGGGCUGGUCUGAGGGGAGAGCUUCGCGCACUGAAGAAGAAGAAGAGGAAAAUUCUUGGCUGGUGCUGCCGGUGUCUUUGAUGCUCACAUGGCGGUUGUCGAAGAAGAAGAUCUCUUGAGGAGCGAGCCGGUUAUGAGUGAUUCUGAGGAUGAGGUGGAAAAUGGAGCAGUGGCAAAGAAGCACCGGCAGCUUGUGGAUGCACUCAGCAUUUUGGCUGGUGGGAAGCGGCGGCGAGUAGCAGAGCGUACCGAGGCAAGCGGGCAGGUCUUGGAAUUCGACGUGAGCAGUGGAGGUGCUGACGAGAAAGUGCUCCUCUCGGAGCUGCUGCAGCCCCUUCCCACUUCGUCCGCUCUGGGCUCUGUUCGGAAGCAGCUGAGCAAAGCCCAGCAGAAAAAGGCUGCCCAGCUCCCACUGAGCAAGGAGGAAAGUGAACAGAUUGUGAGGGAAGCUGCCUACACACAGACGUCCCAGGCACUAGCCAAGUGGGAUCCGGUGGUGAGGCAGAACCGGCGGGCGGAGCAGCUGGUCUUCCCCCUGCAGCAAGAGGGUGUGGCUGUGGCCCCGGUGGAAGAAGUGGUGAGCAGCUGGCAGGCUCGGACUCCGCUGGAGGAAGAGAUCUUCAGCCUUCUCCACAAGACGCAGCAGCCCGUCAAGGAUCCCCUUCUGACCCCGCAGGAGAAGGCCUCCCUGCAGGCCAUGAGCCUGGAAGAGGCUCAGCUACGCCGGAGGGAACUUCAGAGGGCUCGGGCCUUGCAGUCCUACUACGAGGCCAAGGCGCGGCGGGAGCGGAAGAUCAAGAGCAAAAAGUACCACAAAGUGCUGCGGAAGGGAAGGAAUCGGAAGGCCCUGCAAGAGUUUGAGGCGCUGCAGAAGAACAACCCCGAGGCCGCUCUGGAGCAGUUGGAGAGGAUGGAGAGAGCGCGCAUGGAGGAGAGGAUGAGCCUGAAACACCAGAACAAGGGCAGGUGGGCCAAAUCGACGGUCCUCAUGGCCAAGUAUGACCUCGAGGCCAGGCAGGCCAUGCAAGAGCAGCUGGCCCGGAACAAGGAGCUGACGCAGAGAGCCUGCCCGGCGUCGGAGAGCGAGGAAGGCGGCGAGGCCUCGGAUGCCGAGGGAGGGCUCGUCCCAGAUGCUGCCAACGAGGGCCCUGCUGGGGGGGCCGCUCCAGACAACCCCUGGAUGUUGGGAAAGCCCCGCCAAGAGCCCGCGGAGGACCCACCCGCCACCGAAGAUGGGGCAGGGAGCGAGGGGGAAGGGGAGCCCCCCCUGCCGGAGGAGGAGGAGGAGGAGGAGGAGGAGGAGGCCUUAUUGCAGGGCCUGCAACGCCCACAAGGCAGUGGUGCUGGUGGAGGAGCAGCAGCCACGGCUGUGCUUGCUGAGGUGCUUCUGCCGGCACCCCCAAGCCCUGUGCCGGAGGGGCCCCUCCUCAGUGAGAAGCUGGACCCGCUUCGCACCCUGGAGGAGCUGGAGGGUCUGGCCGUGCAGGAGGAAGUUCCCCCGGCAGGUGCAGUGCUGCCUCCCCAGAGGGCCCCACUCUCGCCGCCGGCAGGCGCAGCCCCCGCGCAGCCCCAGGGCUCCCGGGCUCCGGGUCCCCAGAAGACAGCCAAGCGCCAAGCGCUCAUUGACCUGAAGGCGGUGCUAGCGGAGGCUCCCCACGCCCUGCAGGGCCCCAGGCCCAGUGCUGUGCAGGCGGAGGAGGAGGAGCUGGAGACGGCCACGGACCAGCGGCAGAUGAUCCGGGAGGCUUUUGCCAGCGACAACGUCAUGGCCGACUUUCUGAAAGAGAAACGCCGAGCGGAACAAGCGGGCAAGCCCAAAGCCAUCGACCUGGUGCUCCCGGGCUGGGGCGAGUGGGGCGGCUCAGGGCUGCGGCCAAGCGCCCAGAAGAGGAGGCGGUUCCUUCUCCAGCCGCCACCUGGGCCCCCCAGGAAGGACCGGCAUUUGCCCCAUGUGAUCCUGAGCGAGCAGCGGAAUGUGCUGGCUGCUGGCCAUCAGGUGAACCAGCUGCCCUUCCCCUUCGAAAACGGCCAGCAGUUUGAACGCAGCAUCCAAGCGCCCACGGGCCCCACCUGGAACACCCAGCGUGCUUUUCAGAAGCUAACAGCCCCCCGCGUCCUCACCCAGCCUGGCCACAUCAUCCGCCCCAUCAGUGCCGAGGACGCCAACCUGAACCGGCAAGCAGAUACGGCCACGGGAAAGAGACCUGAACUGGAGCUAACGUCUCUCCCCAAGCAUCGCCGCCGCCACCACCAUCCCAAGGAGAAGGAGAAGGCGAAGGCGGCAGCGGCCCGAAACACCUAAGCCUACCCUGGUUCGGAUUCCUUUGCUGGCUGUGACACGUGAGUGCAGCCAGAACUCCUCUUCUCCCCCGAAAGCCUUUCCCUGCUCUGGAUCUCGGUUGGAUUAGCCCGGGCAGAAGGAAGCUGGCUGCCCCGUCCUCCCCAUGCCUCCCGCUCAGCAUCGCCAGCCACUUCAGGGUCAGCCCCCCCUUGGCGGCUCCUCUGCCUGUCCAGCCAGGCCCUCCUCAGUCACGGCUUCGGGGGAGAAAAGUGGGCCAGGUGCAGAUCCAGGCAGGGGAGGAGGCCGCCUCAAGGCCCGCUCUGCACCCCGAAACUCCCUCUCUCCUUCCUGGCUCACUUCCGAGGAAAGAGACCUUCACAAAUAAAGCCCAGCUGAUGGA